AUGGCCAAGGCCUCGCUGAUCCACAGUGCCAACUGCCAAAUAGCAGGAUUCAUUGUCACCACCAUAGGAUGGAUCUUCUCCAUGACUUGCAUGGGCCUGGCCGAGUGGCGCAUUUGGUACAUGGAGAGCACCUCCGCCCCCUCCCCAGGGCUGGCCUGUGUAGGGAUGUGGAAGGUCUGCACUUACCAGUCCAACAACCUCCAGAGCAGAGCCAUAGCGUGUCACCGCUACACCUACAGUGACAGCUAUCUGCCCCUCAAUAUCCGCAUCACUCAGCACCUGCUGCUGGCUGCCAACCUCCUGGCUCUCUUGGGGAAAGUGCUCACCAUCAUGGGUCUGCAGAGAGUGUGUGUGGCUCAUCUUCAGAAGGAAAACACCUGCAAUCUCUUCUUAGCUUCCGGAGCCCUGAGCAUCAUAGCUGGGGUAUUUAUCUUCAUUGUUGUGAUCUGGAACUAUCAUGCUGUGAUGAAUGAAGAUGGCAUACACUUCCCACCAUCCUUCUACAUGCCCUUCAGGCCCCACCGGCAGGAGAUUGGAAGCACAGUCCCCGUGGCAGUUCUGGCUGCCAUCCUGAUACUGCUGAGUGGGCUGUUUACCCUGUCUUACCAGCUUCUCCCCCGACAGCCAAGUGUACCAGAGGCCUCAGAAGUGUGA